AUGAACACCCCCGGAGAUUCACGACACGUCGGAGUACAGAUCCGACAAACCCGGAUCCUACCGGACUUCCUCCAAAGCGUGAACCUCAAGUACGUAAAACUCGGCUACCACUACGUAAUCUCAAACCUCUUAGCCCUCUGUCUCCUCCCUCACACACCAACCCCGAAGAUCUCCGUCAGCUCUGGAUCCAUCUCCAGUACAAUCUCGUCAGCAUCAUCAUCUGCUCCGCCGUCCUCGUCUUCGGUUUAA